UGACUUGAUAAUAUUUUAGUGAAAAAUGCCGUCGUAAUGUUGGGAAAGAAAAGAAAAAGAGUUGUUGGAAAUAUACUGUGGUCGAAGAGAAGCUACAAAGAAGGCUCUUCGGAUUCGAGUGAAGAGAUGAGUCUUAUUUGCCUGAAGAGCAUGACAUAGAUGGGCUUUGAUAAAAUCUGCAGAUGCGUUGUAACAGAAAAAUGUUCUGGAAACACCUCAUGACGACCUCGGGGAUCAGCCAACCCAGCAUCUAUCAUGCUCUUGUUGUUAUUUUCCUCGAGUUUUUCGCCUGGGGUCUGGUCACCAGUCCUAUCAUCACAGUUCUGAAUGAGACGUUCCCCAACCAUACCUUCCUCAUGAAUGGACUCAUCCAGGGAGUGAAGGGGAUGUUGUCGUUCCUGGCUGCACCCCUGAUUGGUGCACUGUCUGAUGUGUGGGGCAGGAAGCCCUUCCUGGUCUUCACCGUGGCCUUUACGUGUGCCCCCAUACCUCUCAUGAGAAUCAGUCCAUGGUGGUAUUUUGCCAUGAUAUCUAUAUCUGGCGUGUUUGCAGUGACAUUCAGCGUGGUAUUUGCCUAUGUGGCUGAUGUCACCUCGGAGGAGGAGAGGAGUGCAGCCUAUGGCUUGGUAUCGGCAACAUUUGCUGCCAGCUUGGUGACGAGCCCUGCUAUCGGCGCCUACCUAGGCAGCAUGUACAGUGAUUCGCUGGUCAUCUGGAUAGCCUCCGCUGUGGCACUGUUAGACGUGCUGUUCAUCAUGGUGGCUGUGCCAGAGUCGCUGCCGGAGAAGCUCCGUCCAGCCAGCUGGGGGUCACAGAUUUCCUGGGAUAAGGCAGACCCAUUCGGGUCUCUACGCAAAGUCGGACAGGACAACCUGAUCAUGCUGCUGUGUGUGACCGUCUUCUUGUCCUACCUCCCAGAGGCUGGAGAGUACUCAUGCUUCUUUGUUUAUCUUAGGAAUAUAAUGGGCUUUUCUGUGGAGGAAACUGCCUCGUUUAUAGCUGUAGUGGGCGUGUUGUCUGUUCUUGCACAGACUCUUAUCCUUGCUUUAAUAAUGAAAUACCUGGGACCAAAGCAGGCUAUUCUAUUUGGCCUAGUGUUUGAAGUAAUCCAGUUAACAUGUUAUGGCUUCGGAUCACAAACAUGGGUCAUGUGGUGUGCCGGCGGCGUGGCGGCGAUGUCCAGUAUAACAUACCCUGCCAUUAGUUCCUUUGUCUCAGCUCAUGCAAGUGCUGAUCAGCAGGGUGUCGCUCAAGGGAUCAUCACAGGUAUCCGAGGCCUGUGUAACGGACUGGGGCCGGCAGUGUUCGGCUUCAUCUUCUAUCUCUUCCACGUAGACAUCUCUGCCAAUGGGAGCGAGCCACAGGGCCACAAGCACCCCAAAACAUCUAACAACACAUUUAGUCCCUUUCCUAAAAAUUUCCAGAAUGUGGUGCCAGGCCCACCAUUUGCAUUUGGAGCUGUGUUGGUGAUCCUAGCGUUGCUAGUUGCAGUCUUUCUCCCCGACAACCCACAUGGUAAUGUCAACAAGUCCUCCACCAAGAAGGUCCUGCCAUUGUCAUAUGACUACCAAAAGGAAUCAGGAGUGAAGAAACAUGAAGAGGAGCCUCUGAUGGAAGAGCCAGAGGCUGACUUAUAGCAGUAGUCUCCCCUAGGCUCUUUAACAGGUCAAGGUCAUAUUCUACAUAUUCAAACUUCACGAGAAAACAGAUCAUUUGCACCAAAUGUUGAAAGGAAGAGAAAUUUCUUAUUUAAGGGAGUCACAGGGUUCCAUGAAGAGUAUUCUCCCUUGUGUGAAAAGAUAUCAGAGUUAUCUCCCUUCUUGUCAUGAUUUUGUAAGGAACUGAAACGCACUCACUGUUUGCAAUGACUUUCUGUCCUUGAUGGCAAGAACUGGUAUUACACUCUGAGUCUGUCGCACGUAGUUCCAAGACUUGUAUGGUCCCUGUCAGUCAUAGAAUUAAUCCCAGUCUGUGACUAAGUGUUUCACAUGGUCUGCUUGUUGUCAGUGUUCAUCAUCCCACUGUUUGUGUCGUCUUCAACAAAAUAUCUCAGUAUUAUCAUCCGGAGAUACAACAUCAACAGUCAUGUUUAGGGAUGGAUUUCCACACAGAUAGGGUCUCUUGCUCAAUCUCGUAGCAAUUUUUAACAAUAAUGCCAAUGAUCUUUUCUUCAAAUCAGUUAUUUUCUAAUCAGAAUAUGACUAGCGUAUGAAACCUUAUUGAUUGUUGAUAAUCCACAUCUGUCAUGAAGUGUGUUUUGUACAGUUUGAAAAUAUAGAUAUUUUAUGCCAGAGCCCUAUAUUUUAGCAUAUAUUGUACCAGUAGAUUUGAAAUUAGAAGUUUGAAUUUUUUUUUCGCCUAAUGGCUGACAAUCUUUUGCAUGUUUUGAAUAGAAGAUAUAUGAGUAUCUUGUAUUCUGCCAAAUUAACUGUUUUGCCAAAUAUGGGACAGAUGGUAUCCCAGUUUGACUGUAGGAGUGAUGUGAGGCUUGACAGAUAUGUUCACUUUGUGUUUGAGUUUUUCUUCUGGGUUUGAGACAAAAGGAUGGUAAAUAUCUGUGACAAAGAUGUAGGUAGAUUGGUAGAUACAGGAAAACUGCAACACAAGGUAGAAAGACAGGGAUUUUGAUUGACGUUGAGAUUGUUCUCUUUAAAUGGAACAUUUCAACCUCAUAAAUAGCGAAAGAAAAAUACAAGCAUUGAUUCUGAUAAACUGCAAAUGAUUGCGGAUAAUUCAUGUGUAGUCGUGAUCAGUGUUUUUGCAAGGAUCAAUACUGUAAGACCUAUCUUUAUUUACUUUCCAUAUUCAAAUUUGUAUAGUGUGUAUUUUAUGAUAAACAGUUCACAAAUGGAUAGGUUCCCUCCAUGCAGUUAGCAGACGGGAUAUCCUGUAGGAUAUGCUACAGUAUUAGGAGUAGGUAUUAAGAUAAGCCAUUAACAAGAGAACAAUAGGUAUCAAGUCUCUGGCAAUAUCCAGGAAAUUAAGGGGGCAUGGGUGACCCAGUGGUCUAAGGAAACGCGAUUGUGGGUUCGAUUCCUGGUUCGCCCCAAUUAUGUUUCUAUAGGUUUGUCAGCACCAUACCCGUGCUCGUGGGUUUCACCGAAGUGGUAAACGUCUGAGACCUGCAUCACUUCAGGCUUUCCUCCCACAUUAAGCUGACAUACUGCGAUAUAACUGGAAUACUGUUAAAAGUGGCAUUAAACCCAACUCACUCACUCACUCCAGGAAAUUAAAUCGAACCCCAAUAAGAUGUAGGAUGGCAUAUUUCAGUGAUUUUAAAUAUUCAGGUGACAGAUGUUGGGUGAAUGGUUCAUAUGUUACAUGCUUCCUUAUGACCUUUGACCUCAGAUAUGUAAAGACUAAACUGAUGUGGGAAUGGAAGAUUACAAGAUUGUGUUUGUUUUAGUGUUCUCAACACAUGUUUUGUAAAUAUGCGCAAGGAAUUUGGAUGAUUCUCUUGUUUUUUAUGUGUUUUGUGACAUUGUCAUAUUCCUAGUGUAAAAUAUUGAUGUACUGAUUUGCUGUGUCUCUUGUUCAUGCCAAGUAUAGCUUCCCCGGGGAUAUCUGCAUGACUUUAGUUCUUGUAUUUAGUUUAACGUAUUCACUUUGUUAUCAAAUGUUACGGACAGUCUCAACAAAAGAUGAAAUGAGGUUAAUUUCAUUUAGGAAGAACACCUGAUAAACAUGCUAUUUACUAGAAAUACAAACGAAAGUUUGCAACAUUAAUACCGUACUCGACGUAAUAAGCGCCCCGCUCUGAUAAGCGCCCUCGGCGAUAUUUGCUAAUAUAUUGGCUAGUGAACAACCCCAAUUAGCACCCCUUCCGAUUGAUCAAUGUAUACAAGACUUAUUUGUUCGUGUGUAAUACGCACUCAUGUGUUAUAUGCACCCUUAAUUAUGGGCAAUUAAAUCCUGGAAAACUAUAUCUGUUGUAUAUAAACAUUUCAGGCUGUAAGCAUGAACCAAGAAAUGUACGAUCUAUUAACUGUUUUUUUUCACCCAAAUAAUAUUCUAAUAAGAGCCCCCUAUUUCUAAUUUUGAGAGCGUCAUGGACGCUUAUUACGUCGAAUACAGUAGUGGUCUGUAAAGCAUGGUAAUUAACUAUUAACAAAGAGAAAAUAAGCAUAUGGUUUUGAAAUUGGUAGGAGAUGUAAAUGUGUUUAUUUUAAGAAUGUGAACUCUUUUACGUAACUGCAAUGCCAUUAUAUGCCUAAAAUACUAUUCAAGGCAGUGUAAAACUCACCUCACCUGCCGUAGCUUUCUCAAUGUGUGUUAUGUCUUUAUGUGAAUGUGUUUUGAGUUACCGGUAUGAGUUUCGGAAACAAUAUUGAGAAGUGUUUCCAGCCAUGUCUCCACAUUAACAGCUUAGUUUUGUGGAUAUUUUAUGUAGAAACUACCAUAUUUGGUACCCUGCGCCAAUUAGGGCCUCGGACCAACUUCAUGACCAAUUUGGGAGUAAUCUUUAUAUGUACCUAUUACUAAGACUGACAAUUUACAUGACGAUCCAUAUUGUCUUGUGUAUACUUCAAUUUAUUUACAGACAACAGCAUUGCAGAAGGGGUUCAUAAUUGUGUGGUAGCUAAUUUAGAAAAAGAUUUAGAAACAGCAACAUUUAACUAAGUUUGUUCACUACCCCUUGAUCUUAAAAUUAAAAAGUAUUAACUUGUUUAUGGCUUUGAUAAGUGCUUUGAUAAGUGCUCCCCUUCGUCAAAUUUCGUCAAAUGGCAUAUACGGUAUUUGUUGUUCAGCUGAACAUGUGUAUAGUCACACCUGCCGGUGUGUUAGUCACGUCAGAUUUAGCUACCUCAGCUUCCCACACAAGAUAUAGCUGUUUGAAAAAUUCCUAUGAUGUUGCCUGGAUUUGUGAUUUGUCAGGAUUAGGGAUGUUAAUAUGAGAAUACAGCUUCAUCAUCUCCCAGUGGGAGGGGUCGUACCUUUGAAAUAACUUAAGUUUGCAAUUAGCAUCAGUUCACUGUUUUCCCAUUUCUUUGAAAGCUAAGUAAGUCAAACAUAUCUCAUGAAAAAUGCUUUUAUUUAAUAUUUAUUGCAUUUAGUAUUUAGCUACAUUAUGACUGUAUCAUAUUUUGGAGAAUGGAAGAUUUAAGUUUUCAGGUUUUUUUCCUGUGUGUAUGAUUUUUGUAAUAAUGAGUUAGCGUGGCUCCGUUUAUCAGUUAGUUUGGUAAGUUCAAUUAAUUUUAGUAAAAAUUGGAAUGAUUUUUUCCUUUUUUUGGCCUUGUGUGUGAGUCUUUGGCGUAUAAUUUGCUGAUGUGUCUUAUCAUAGCUCUCACUCACUGUACAGGUGUACACUGACUCAAUGUACAGAUGUGACAGCUUCAGAUUAUGUACAGGUGUAACAGCUACAGUUAGGACUAGGUAAGCUAAUGACACCCAAGAUAUUUUUGCUGUCUGUGAUUUUGAUUAGCUUUGUCUUCCAAUUCUGGCUACCAAUGAAUCAAGUGCAAUGCUCCCAUUGUUUUGUUUGAACAUCAUCCAACAUGGCAUGCAAAUAUUUUCGAAGAUUUGUAAGCAGACUGAACAUCUAUAUGAUUUUGGUAGUGACAAUCAUUUUCAGAGAAAAGUAGAAGCGUAUUUCAUCAUUGUUUCAUCGUGGAUGUGUGGAAUGUGUCCAAAUGUCUUUGAGAGCGAAUGGGGCCAUUGUACCCCCUGCUCCAGCUCCAGCCAGUUUCAUGGGACUGUUUAUCCAGUAGAAAGUAACACUUUAUCAUCAGCCAUGUUUACCAGAACACACACAGCUCUGAACACUGCAUUGCGCUUGUCCAGAAGUCCCUACAGGGCAUGUGUUCUGUAUGAUUAUGACUUUCUUUUAUGGUUUAAAACUGCAUAAACCCCACAAAGUAGAACUUGAGAUGUGCUUGUAUGUGUGUCCAGCUUUUCAGUGUAAUUUAUCUCUCAAACAAUACUGUAGUCAUUCCAAUGUCAGGAACUCUGGCCUCCUCUCCAUGUCAGUGUCAGUCUUUCACUUACCUACCUUUCAUUCAGGAACCAUCUUUCUUUGUGGACACCUUUUAGAUGCUUAGUAGGUAGGCUAGUGAUAAUCCAGGUUUUUUACAGGUGUAACUGCAGUGUAAUUGAAGUAUACUAUAGGUGUAUCUGUGGGUGGGACUGCAGUGUAACUGAAGUACGCCAUAGUGUCAUUUAGGUUUUCACAGUUGUAACUGUAGUGUAAUCUAGGUCCUGACAGGUGUAACUUCUGUACCUUGUGUAAUCUAGGUCAGCACAGGUGUAAUGUUAGUUGUAUAUGUGUAACUAGUGUAAUCUAGGUCAGCACAGGUGUAAUGUAAGUUGCACAGGUGUAACUAGUGCAAUCUAGGUCAGCACAGGUGUAAUGUAAGUUGCACAGGUGUAACUAGUGCAAUCUAGGUCAGCACAAGUGUAAUGUAAGUUGCACAGGUGUAACUAGUGCAAUCUAGGUCAGCACAGGUGUGAUGUAAGUUGCACAGGUGUAACUAGUGCAAUUUUGGUCAGCACAAGUGUAAUGUAUGUUGCACAGGUGUAACUAAUGCAAUCUAGGUCAGCACAGGUGUAAUGCAUGUUGCACAGGUGUACCCAGUGCAAUCUAGGUCAGCACAGGUGUAACUAGUGUAAUCUAGGUCAACACAGGUGUAACUAGUGUAAUCUAGGUCAGCACAGGUGAAACUAGUGUAAUCAAGGAAACUACAGGUGUAACCGUUAUGUAAUUUUGGUGUACUACAGGUAUAACUAAUGAAAUCAAGGUUACCACAGGUGUAACUUGUGUAAUCUAGGUAACCACAGACAUAACUAUUGUGUUGUCUUGGUUACCACAGGUGUAACUAGCAUCUUUUUGGUUACCACAGGUGUUACUUGUGUAAUCCAGGUAACCACAGGGAUAACCAGUGCACUCCUGGCAUACAGCAGGUAUAAAUGUAGUGUAACCUAGGUUAUCAAAGGUCUAACUAUUGUAAUCUAGGUUACCACAGGUGUAACUAUAGUGUAACCAAGGUUACCAAAAGUGUACAUGUUAGAUAAUCUAGGUGUACCACAUGUUUAUCAGUUUGUAUAUAGUAGGUCCACCAAUGCUACAUCAGUGUACAGAUAGUAACUCAUGCAUAACCAGAGUGUAUUUAGCUUAAUACCAAGUAAGCAACAAAGUACCAUUAAACAAAACUGGAAUCUGUGAUGAAGUGCAAUUUGAAGGAUUGUAGAACUGAUAUGAAAGUUACAAGCUUCCAUUGAAUCUAUUGACAUUCUAUCUGUUAGCUAUGAAAUGUGUACACACAAGACAAGGAAGAACCAGCCAAGUCAGCAUUUCCUGUCUUAGGUUAGUAAUACAGGGCCCAGUUCUACUAAGAGAUCAUGUAAUUAUGUCUCUUGUCAGCCCAUGUAUGGAGGUCGCUACCUUUGUGGUACUAAGAUUGCUCUGUCACACAAGGUCAAGGUGAUCCCACUAAGUUAGUCGGAGAGGUUAUCCUAGUUCACGGAGGUACAUUUUCUAUUAUUCGGUUCAUUCACUGUAGGUCAGCUAUCAUUUGACGUGAUCAUUAUGUUAUAUUGUGAUAAGUAAAGUGUGAUUUUUAAGGCAUGAAUACUAAUUGUUAGGUGCUAUAGUUCUUUUGGUCAAACUACAUGUCAUUGUUUGGUGUGAAAUCUUUUAGGACAUCUUCAUUUGUUAUCAGUAUUUAGUACUAUAAACUCAUUUUCUACCACAAGGGGUUGUUUUAGUAGAACAUAUUGAUAGCAUUGAACUAUAUCUGUGUAACCAUAAUCUCCAUCAUCACCACCCCAACCAUCAUCAUCUUUAUGACGCAUCUAUUUAAACUAAUAACCUAUCCCUCAUUAGAUGUUAUUCAUGAUGAUUCUAGUCUCUUUGUGGUAAUGAUUUGAGAAGGUUCCAGCAUGUGUUGUGGAUGCUCAUGAAAUGUUGCCAUCUGUCAUAUCUAAUGCAAAUUGUUUAUAUUGAAUCUGUUAAUAAAGACAACCAUAAAUAAAGAUCUUACUAGGAUGUCUUCUGAAUGAGUAAGAAUUGCGCUAUUUUAAAAUAAGUAUCUUUAUUAAGAAAUAAAUUCAGUGUUGUAUGGUUGUAAUGACCACCAUUAUGAUGGAACUAUGAUAUCUUCGUGAAUAUGGACCCAAUCAUAUUUGAUGAAGAGCUUCAGUUUGGAAUAGAGUCUGAGAGAUUAAUUGAUCCGAUUAUUCUAGUCCUUACACUUAAUUCUGAUUCUGCUUGUAAGCUUCAAGUGAGUAUCUGUGGGUCUCAAGGUUGAUCCACCCUACUGAAUGUAAGUGGACUGUGCCAGCACAGUGUGUAUAUAUGAAGUAAGGAUGUUCCAUUGAUUUAUGAAGGGGCCAUUUGUCAGUAAUUGUGACCACAUUUGCCUUAUAAACAUUAUAUGUGAGCCUGAAGGGAAAGAUGCAUUGACAUGAUACUUUCAGAGUCACUUGUUGGUCUAGAAAAUGUGAAGCUCUCCAGAGAUUCUGCCAGGCCAGAGCACACAGUAUACUCAUGUUCUCAUAUAUUAUAUGGGAGCUAUUCAACACUGUCGUCAUAUACGUUAUACAUUUUGAUUUUUAAUACUCAAAAUUAUUUAAAUAAUUCAGUGUUUUUAAUUCUAGUAUUCUUUCCUGAAUAAUUUGUUUUGGAAUUGUGUUGCCUUAUUGAAAAUUUGACAGUUUUGAUGUGUACAGUAAAACCUAAUGGACUUAAACUCCAUGUGUUCGAUAUAUCAGUCAGGCAAUGAAACACUGUUUCCGAGGAUGCCAAGUUGUCAAGGGUUACCUGUCAGUACAGAGGAGAAGAGCUGUGCGUCCUGCCCUACAGAGCAAAUGAUGUAUGUUAUUUCUUUUGUGUUAUUACCAUAUAAGUCAUAUAUACUACUCAACAUCUGCUGCGGACCACACCUUUGACUUCAGAUGACUCGAUCUUCAGCAAUUGUAGAGUAGUAUGCCUCUCACAUUCCUGCUCUUCUAAUUUCCGCUGAUGAAAUUCUGGCAGAAUCUCUCCUUAUCCAGUGUUGUUGUCGAUGAUUAAACAGAAUUUAUAUAUCAUCCUGAAAAAGCAGUGAUGUAUUUACUUUUUUCCAGGUUUGUAAGGGUAACAUUUAUAUAUGAUCCAUUGUACCUCCAUAUAACCACAUUAGAUUUCUGAUGAACAGUCUAGAUGCCCUCUCAAUGGAAGUGUUGUGUACCUACUCCUCAACUGUUAUCUGUAGAUUGUUUUACUGGUCAUAUACAUACCACAUAUGUCAUGGUAUCCCUAUGCUGUACAUGUCAUCGUGAAUAAAAUCAAAAGUCAU